AUGAUGGGAAAUGAAAGUUCUCAUUUAAGUGGCUUGGAAAUAGAAGAAAAAGCUGUUGAAGUUACAGAGUUUUGGACCCAAUAUCGCGCAACUAUAAAUGAUAGUUGCAGAUAUUUUAGUUUAAAAAGUGAUGGUUCAGUAUCAGUUUUUAAAGGAGAAGUAGCUUUAGGUCCACUAUGGGCUAUUUCAACACCACUGGAAAAAUUCUCAAAUAAUCUUCUGAAGUUUCGCCAUCCAUGUAUUGUACGUUACAUAUCGGCUUGGCAGCAAAGGUCAACUCUCCAUCUUGCUACAGAAUAUGUACAACCAUUAGCACAAGUCUUAAAAUCUCAAACACCUCUUCAGAUAUGCAUUGGACUAAAUAAUAUUUUAAGAGCAUUAGUCUUUUUACAUGAACAGGCAGGCAUGUCACACAAUAAUAUCAGCAUUUCUGCUAUUUAUGUAACUGGGGAUGGUCAAUGGAAGUUGGGUGGUUUACAGUAUCUUUGUUCCUUUACUGAACUUACUUCAGCUUAUUUGAAACAAGCCAGAAUACACAGGUAUGACAAAGCAGUUGAUAUGAAUGAAGAUUCAUAUGAUUUAACUACAAAGGUGGAUCAAUAUGCUUUUGGUGUACUAGUUGAAGAUGUCUUUAAAGGGCACCAGGAUGAUGAAGUACCACAUUUAAUGGAAUUUAAAAAGUAUUGUUCAAAUUUGCUGCAGCACCCUAAACCUGAAAAUAGACCAAAUUUGUCAGAGGUGCUUCACCAUGACUUUUUUAGUCAUGAAUUUAUUUCAAUUUAUAAAUUUCUGAAUUUUUUACCACUGAAAAAUGAAGAUGAGAGAUGUCAAUUUUUCUCCAACAUUUUAAUUACAUUGAAAUGUUAUGAUGAGGAAACUGUAGCCAAACAACUUGGUGGCUUACUAUUAUCAAGGCUCACUCUGCUGGAUCAAACCGCCAGAAAAGAUGUACUUCCGUACAUUCUGAGACCCAAGAAUGAACGGUCGCCUAUAAAUGGAGACAAUUCAGGCUUUUUCUCAUUAGGCAUAUUCAAAGAGCAUGUGAAACCGAGGCUUCUUCAAUUAUUUGGAGUAAGGGAUAGUCAAAUCAGAAUGUUACUUAUGAAUCACUUCUCAAAAUUUAUUCAUGUGUUCACACAUGAAGAACUGUCCCAACAUAUUCUGCCUGAGUUACUUGUGGGGAUAAAGGAUGUCGAUGACAACUUGGUAGCAUCAACAUUGAUUUGUUUGAGUGAACUUGUUCCAAUCUUGGGAGCAGACACUGUAGUUGGUGGAAAAAGAUUGAAGUUAUUCACAGAUGGACGACCAAAUUCAAAAUCUUCUCUAGAGAAACCUUGUGAUAACCGUAUUUAUUCCACAACAAAAUCUUUAAGAGAUUUGCCUUGUUCAGAAGAAAUAUUCCACCACAGUGGUAUUACAUCACCUUUUGAAAAGUCUAUAGUAUUAAAUGAAAGACCAUCACCUGUCGGGGGAGAGUCAUUUGAGAAUGAAAAUAUUUUAGUAACUGAAAAAGUUCAAAAUGGUGAUAGUGAAAAUGAAUGGAGUGACUGGGAUACUAAUAAUCGGAAAUUGACUUUACUUGAACCAGAAACUUUUAACAAUUCUGAUAUUGUUCAGCAACAUCAUGUUCCAAGUGAAGUCAAUGAUAUACAUUUACAUAAUAUAGAGAUAGUGCCUGAAUUAAAAAAAGAUCCUAAAAGUCAAGCAUCAUUGUUACAAAAGGCUGCAUUUGAAGCCAAGAAAAAUAUAGUAGAUAUAUCGGAAUUAGACAUAAAAAACCAAAAAACUGAAGUUUCUAGAAAAUCAGAGGAGGAAUUUGACUUUUUUGCAGAUAUGACACCAGUAAUUGAGAAACCAUCUUGUGUAAAUAUUUCCCUAACGGAACCACCUGAAAAUGUUAGUAGUAAAUUAAAUUUUGUUCCAGAUGAUGCAUUGAAUGAGAAAGAUGGUUGGGGAGAUAAUUGGGAUGAAUGA